CCAGAUCUCGCGAGACUUCGCGGCCCCUGAAUGUUUUUCUUUUUUCCCUGACGUGGUCGUGACAUUCACAGCUGGCUCUUGACUUUCCCUUUAACCACCAACUGAGCUCUUUUCACGUGAACUUGUCUACGAGGAAACUUGGAUUCUUUAUGACAUCGAAGGCGAGAUUCCACAGCAAAGUCACCCGGAUGCAGUCGGCCGAGGUGUCGGUGGCCACCGGGCUGAAGCAGUGCCGGCACGCCCAGGACCAGCUGGAGGACGCCAUCACCAUGGUGAUGAAGACCGAGACACAGCUGAGAGAAAACGCCAGAGAGGUGCGUUUGGAUCUUCAGAGCAGUGUGAGUCGUCAGCAGGAGGCUCUGCGCUGCCGAGAGGUCUGGCUGCUCGGACAGAUCGAGCUGCUGGAGCAACUCAAGACGGAAACUCUGCAGCAGCAGCUGCACCAACUGCACCGGCUGCGAGGCCAGUUCGACGUGAUCUUCCUGCAGCUGCAGAACUCCUCCAACAGCAACGACCUGAACAACCAGCUGACCAGCUGCAUGGAGAAGUUGUCCUCUCUGAGUCUGACGCCGGAGGAAACGCCUGAGAUGAGUUUCCACGCUGACUCUCGCUCUCUGAAGCAGGCCAUCACCUCGUUUGGUAGCAUCACAUCAGCUGGUAGAGGGCAUGUCCUGUCAGAGCCCCCCCCCCCCAGAGGUCAGGUCAGCUGUCCAAUCACGGCUCAGAAACAGAAGAUGGAGGCCGCCGCUCUGGGUGACUGGCUGCUGGGAACUCCUCCAGCAAGCAGCGCUCCUAUUGGCUACCAGCCCAGCAAGAACCCUCAGGAUUGGCUGAUAGCAUACAAGGAGAGCAAGUCUUCCUGUCCCGCCCUGGCUUCGGUGGACUUCCUGCAGGCCUGGGGUCAGCUGAGAGACCUGGAGGCGUGGCUUCAGACGGGCGCCGCCGGCAACCGCGAGCGAGCCGACAGCAGCUGCAGCUCCGACUUCUCCAUCGAGAAGAUCGACGAAUCAGAGCUCCCCGUCGAGGAGGAGGAGGAGGAGGAGGAGGAGGAGGCAGAAGAAGAUCUAAAUGGCUGGCUCAUCACCCCGGCCACUGUCUCCAUGGAGACUGUGUCAGACGGCGAGCGGUGGCGUGACGUGAUGAAGCCGUUCCAGGCUGGCUGGGAGGCCUCUGAUUGGCUGUGUGCCGCGCCGCGGCCGGCCGACUGCUCCGCCUGCUGCCAGACGGCCGCUGCCUCCACGCCGCUGGAGAUAGAGAACCUGGGACUGCUCAAGUGCCUCAAGACCCCGCCGGCGCCCUCCGGCCCGGCCUCCUCUGGCGCCCCCGCGGGGACUCUGGAGUCGUGGCUGCAGCAGGCGGCGCCGCUGCAGACGACCUGCAGAGCCAAUGAGAUCUGCUCGUCCUACGCCGACUGCGUCUGCGAGCAGAACUGUGGGAAGGAAGCUCUGAGCCUCUGGCUGCUCCGGCAGGACGGGCGGGACAAGAACGGAGUCCCGGUAGCCAGCAACGCCACGCCGCACAGCGCCAAGAACGUCCCGCCCACUCUGCACCGCAGGGAGCAGGAACAGAAGGUUCAGGCCAUCCUGGAGGCCUGGCUGCACACCCCCACCUCCCCAGACUCAGGGUCUGGGGAGGUGAAGGCUUCCAGGGAGGAGACUCUGUUCCAGACUCCUCUGGAUCCAGAUCUCUGGGUGGUCCCGGGACAGACGCCCCCCAGCCCUGCAGACACACAGGAGGACAAAUGGCUGCUGAGGAAGAGGAGUCAGGCUCAGGAGCGUCUGUCUGUGUGUGAGCUGUUCUCCUGUAUGAAGCUGAGUGGAGACAAAGACAAAUGGCUCCAACACACCUCUCAACAGAUGUGACGAUGACGAUGCUGCUGCCUCUUCUUCUUCUUCUUCUUCUUCUUCUUCUUCUUCUCUCCUCUGAGAGUCACUUUAUCGCUGAUCAGCGCACAUGAAUGCAACCAUCGAGCCGCCGCCUUCCUGUGACAUCAUCAUGACGCCGCUCUCCUCCAAUCAGGAGCCAGAUCACCGCCUCCAUCUGAGAAACCAAGAUUUAAUGUUUUUAUUGUCUGAUUUCAGCUUCUUUGUUUGUUUUGAUCGAGAAAAUAUGAUUUUAGGCUUUGAGUUCCAGCCUGACGGAGUGGGCCCAAUGUGCUAAAGGUGCUAAAGGGGCGGGGCUAAAGGGGGCAGGGCUAUUAUGGGUAAAAUGGGUGGGACUAAGUGGGCUACAUGGGCGGGCUAAAGUCGCCUUUAUUUUAAUCCAGCGUGUUUUUUUAUUGUGUUUUUAUUAUUUAACACAAUCUCUGUUCCUUUUUUUUUCUUUUGUUCUUAUUUUACUGUGAAAGGGCAAAGAUCCACUUCCUGUGGCUCAGACUGCAGGCUGCUUUCUUCUGACACCGCGUUCUGCACACGCUCAGUAGGGUUUCUUUCCCUCGCUGCGUUCUGCACUUUUUAUUAAAAGUUUUAUUUCAUUAAUAGAUCUAUUAACAGAUGUGUGUCUGACUCCCACACUUCAUGCACGUGGGCCAGUUUUAUUAUCCAUAUUAAUGUGAAGAUUAUUACAUAACUGAACACUGUGGGAGGAAACCUGCAGCUGUUGGAUCUUUCAAAAUAAAAGCUUCUGGACUUUUUCUUUUGGUGGCUAGAUGGGAAACUGCUAUGGCCACAAGAUAGGCUAAAUCUCCCAAAAUCUACUAGAAUAUAAUAUUAUUUAAACACGUGGUGGUUCCUCGGGAAGGUUUUAAUCCCAACAACCAUCUUUUUAUUAACUUAGCUGUUGGUUUUGAUAGAAAAAGACGACUUUUUCUGACAUUUUCUGACUUUAUUCUCAAAAUAUUCCAACUUUUUCUCACAUUUUGCGUCUUUCUUCUCCUAAUUUAACCCCAAACCUUAAAGUAACUUUGCUCAGAGGACGCGCGAGUUAAAAUUCUGAACAAAAGUCUGAAUAAUUUCAGAGUAAAGGUCGUAAUAUUACAAGAAAUAAAAGUCAGAAAACUUUCGAAAGAAGUUGGAGUAUUUUGAACGCCGGCGCUGCUUUGCUUCAGUUUUCGGGGAUUCCUGUGGUUUUAAGUUUCGUUGUCUGUGGUUUAGUUUUGUCGGCGUGUCCGAGAUGUCAGCCAAUCAGCAGCCACGUGUCUGUAAACUGAAGCCAAUAACAGACAGAACAGCCCUCGGUUCACUCUACAUUAACGUUUUGCUGCGUUGUGUUUGGCGCCUACAGAAUCAGAGAACUGUGUUUCCCAGAAUGCAUCUGGGGAAGCAGCCUGCAGUGUGUGUGGGGUGGGUGUGGGGGGACUUCUGUCAUACUAAGCUGUGAUGUCAUCAGUUCUCUCUUCCUGCUGUGAUUCUCUACAGAAAUAAAACUUCUUGACAUCA